UGCAAUUCAUUAGAAAAUGAUUGUAAAUAAACGUUAAAAAGUACAAAAUUUUGGUAUUUUGGCAAAUUCCAGCUUCGUUUUCUGGUUCCAUGUAAAGACAUACAAUAAGGAAACGUGAAACAGCUGUGUAUCUGGCUAAACAUAACAAUGAGCAGCAGCUACUAUUUUGCUAUUGUCGGUCGCAACGACAAUCCAAUCUUUGAAAUGGAAUUUGUAAAUGCCAAUAAAGAAGUUAAGAAAGAAGAUCAUAGGCAUCUGAAUCAAUUUAUUGCUCAUGCAGCGCUUGAUCUAAUCGACGAACACAAAUGGAAAACUAACAACACCUAUCUCAAAUCAAUUGACAAAUUCAAUCAGUGGUUCGUAUCGGGCUUCGUGACUGCAUCCCAGUUGCGAUUUGUAAUGGUACACGAUAAUCGGAACGAUGAUGGUAUUAAGAGCUUUUUCAACGAAAUGUACGAGAUCUACAUCAAAUAUUUGAUGAACCCGUUUUACACUCCGAAUACUCCAAUAAAGUCGGCCACAUUCGAGAAAAAAGCGCAACUUUAUGGACGAAAGUUUCUUGGUUCAUAGAAAUAGAUACCAAAUUAAUAGCGUAGUUUAUUUGGUUCUUCCACUUUUUGUCAUUCUACCAAAAAUUCUAAUUCUGUUUAGUAGAAAUAAAUAUGUU